GAGAGAGAGAGUUAUGUUAGUUCAGUUCUGUACAUUUUAUCUAUAUAACAUGAAAUAAUUGAAUCUUUUCUGAGUAAUAAAAGAAAAAGAAUUUGAAUAAUUUUUUUUUCAAAACACAGAUUUGAUUAAUUCAAAAGAAAAACAACCAAUGUAAAAAAAACGUUAUUUGUUCUUUAAUUGUAAACCCAUCUCUGAAAUGUUCUGGGGAAUUUUUUCAAAAGAAAUUACAUAAUGAGUUUUUAUUGUAUGAUGAUAAUACAAACAAUUAGUACAAGUGAUAUAAAUGUUAUCAUCUAAAACACUGAUAAUGGAUCACAUAUAUUAUAUAUAUAAGCAAUCAUCCGAUAUGAUGAAGCAUUUGACAGGUAAACGUCAAACUUGCACCAGACCAAGCAUGAGUUUCACAAGAAAAGGCGCUGAAAGUGACACUUUAGCAAUCCUGUACGCUGAUGAUGGGGAAGAAAUAAGCACGCAUCUGGAAAAUUAUUUCAAGGAGAGAUUUCGACUCGAGAUUCAGACUGUCAACAUUUCCUCAGAGUGUACAUUAAGGAAAAGUAACCUUAGUUUGGUUAUAUUGACUCCGGACAUGAUUCACGACCUUCAAGGCAAGCCAAAAGGGUUCCUCUCCAGCGCAUGCUCAGUGUGUCAGAAAAAAGCUUUUUUGUGCCACAAUGAAAGUGUUAGCAUCAGUAAUAAAUCCACAGAAAAAGUUUUGGAAGAAUCAUGUUCGGACUUGAGUGCAUGGAACACAAUUCAUCUCGGCACCUCUUCCGAGGAUUUCAAGAUGGCGCUGCUCCGGAUCAUGGAACUUAUGGAUUCAACACCCAAUGCGCCUCCAGUUCUUCUGAGCUUCAAAAUAAAUCCCAAAAGAAUUUCAUCUCCAAAUGAACACAUAGUUGUGAUUUUCAAAAAAGAAAUUCUUAAGGGUGAUGUUACUGUUUUACUUGAAAGAAAUAAUUUUCGAAAGACGAUAAAAUGUACUGAACUGAACAACUUGACGUACAUGUUUAAACCUGAAGGGAUGCCUGAUGGACAAAUUACAAUGCAAAUCUUCACUAACAGCGUCUCUGCUGGAAAGACAAGUUUCAUCAUAAGUAGCAAAAUUGACAGAUUUUCAUCCAUGAUUUCUGACAUGAUGAAUCCCCUUGAAUUUUUCCUCCAAGCUAUGGACUGUGACGAUCCCGACUCUUUAGAUCGUGAACUUGUAGACAUUCUAACCAAUGGGACCAGCGGAAGUAAUCCCCUUUCAGGAUUGGAGAUGUUAGACUUUAGAGAUCAUUUGUGGAAAAAGAAAUCAUCUAGAGAAUUUCCAACACUUCUCCACGUCGGUGCAAAACUUGGAUUAAAGCUACUUUGUGAAGCUCUUAAAAAAUACCCCGGAUACCAGGCUGCGGUUUGUAUGAGAAACAAGAACGACAAAACAGCGAGUCAGAUUGCACUCUCUGAAGGUCAUACUGAUAUAGCUGCAAAUAUCCAACCGCCUGAAAACUUUGCAACGUUUCAAAGCGAUGACAGUAAACUGAUCGGUGAUACCUCUGAUGGCUAUAUGACCAUGAAGCAGGUGAAUACAGGGCAGGAAAAGGGUUGUUGUCCACCACCUCUUCCUCACCGUCAGUCUGAUUCGGAUCUUUUUGUAAGACGUCGUUCAAAGAAUAGCCAAAGAGACAGUGCAUUAACAGAGAGUGCCACCAGUGAUCUUAGUGUUUCGUCUUUAGAAGAUUCUAUGUCUUUUGAUCCUAAACAGAUGACACCACGCAUGACUUUGAUUUUCAAAGAUGACAUUGGUUAUUGUGGAAAUUUAAGUACAAAACUUUAAAUAUGUUAAAACUGUAUUAAUAUGAUUUGAUGUUCCAGAUUUAUACUGUAUAUACUCGUCUAUUUUCAGACGGAUACACUUAUUAAUAUAUGUUACAUAUGUCAUUAAAUAAACUAUUUUACACAUAUAUUUUAUGCAUGCAUAAAUGUUGACUUGAAGACCAACCUCUCGAAAAU